CGAGGGAUGAUGCCUGGAGCUUCUUGCACUCGGAGCUGCGAUUUGUGAGUGAAACAUGAUGAAAUCACCCCCUGGACAAAUCACACGAGCCUGUCAACCUCACCAGGUUAUAUCUUUAUUUGCGUUUGCCUUUGGAGUAAAUGUCUGCAUGGGAUUUACAACAAAUCGGUUUAGGAGAUCUGAAGAAUGGGAUGAGGGCCCAGUCUCAGUCCUGUCAGAUUCCCCCUGGAUCAGUACCUCUGGCUCCUGCAAAAACAGAUGCUUUGAACUUUAAAAGGCAGAGCCUCCUGGCUGCCGCUGUGACAACCUGAUAAACUUGGUACUUGAGCGCUGGUUUGUGGACCGCGUGGUGUGGUUAUUCGUGUACGCGCCUCUGAAGCUGGGAGUGUUUCAGCUGUGCAGGUCCUCUCCAAGCGAGCUGCAGGUGAUGGACUUGAGCUUGUUACCAUUGCUCCAGACUCUUAUUUCCAGCUGUGAGGAUGCAUAUAACCCAUGGGCACUUAUUAAGACAGUUACCACUUUUACAGUUUGUCGAUAUUAUAUAUUUAUAGAAACAAAGCCCCACACUCGGGGCUGGGAAUGUACCAAAGAUCGCUGUGGAGAAACCAGGAAUGAUGAUAAUGCUUGUCACUGCUCUGAAGACUGCUUAAGUAGAGGAGAUUGUUGCACUAAUUACCAAGUCAUUUGCAAAGGGGAAACCCACUGGGUAGAUGACGAUUGUGAAGAAAUAAAGACUCCUGAAUGUCCAGCAGGCUUUGUUCGUCCUCCUUUGAUCAUUUUCUCUGUUGAUGGUUUCCGUGCAUCAUACAUGAAGAAAGGGAGCAAGGUCAUGCCCAAUAUUGAAAAACUGAGAUCUUGUGGAACACAUUCUCCUUAUAUGAGACCUGUAUACCCUACCAAAACCUUCCCCAACUUGUACACCCUUGCCACCGGACUCUAUCCUGAAUCACAUGGAAUCGUUGGCAAUUCGAUGUAUGACCCAGUGUUCGAUGCCAGCUUCAGUCUUCGAGGGCGAGAGAAAUUCAAUCACAGAUGGUGGGGAGGUCAACCAAUUUGGAUUACUGCAGCCAAGCAAGGGGUGAAAGCUGGCACGUUCUUCUGGUCUGUUGUCAUCCCUCAUGAACGCAGAAUAUUAACAAUACUGCAGUGGUUAACCCUUCCGGAUAAUGAAAGGCCUUACGCUUAUGCUUUCUACUCUGAACAACCAGAUACUGCUGGCCACAGAUAUGGUCCUUUCAACUCAGAGGACUGCACAAAGCUUGAAGCAGACUGGACUAGAAUCUCCUUUCCAGCUGCUUGCCUUGGAAGCAAUGAAACAGCAUGGCAGAUGGAGAGUAGUUAUGGCUCCUCUCUUACUCCGCCUAAGAGACCUAAGAGAAAGCUUGCUCCUAAGAGGAGACAGGAAAGACCAGUUGCAGCUCCAAAGAAAAGAAGAAGAAAAGUACAUAGAGUGGAUCAAUAUGCUGCGCAAGCUCGCCGGAAGAAAAUGAUGGUAAAUCCCCUGAGGGAGAUUGACAAGACAGUAGGACAACUCAUGGAUGGACUGAAACAGUUGAAACUACAUCGAUGUGUCAAUGUCAUAUUUGUUGGUGAUCACGGGAUGGAAGACACUACUUGUGAAAGAACUGAAUUUUUAAGCAACUAUCUGACUAAUGUGGAAGAUAUCAUUUUAUUGCCUGGCUCCUUAGGGCGAAUUCGCCCUAGAUCUAGCAAUAAUCUGAAAUAUGACCCUAAAGUGAUCGUUGCCAACCUUACAUGUAGAAAGCCAGACCAGCACUUUAAGCCUUACUUGAAACAGCACCUUCCUAAACGCUUGCACUAUGCUUACAACCGAAGAAUUGAAGACGUCCAUUUACUGGUGGAUCGCAAAUGGCACGUGGCAAGGAAAGCUGUGGAUGUUUACAAGAAACCAACAGGAAAAUGUUUCUUCCAUGGAGACCAUGGCUAUGACAAUAAGAUAAACAGCAUGCAGACUGUCUUUAUAGGUUACGGCCCUACAUUUAAAUACAAGACCAAAGUACCUCCUUUUGAAAAUAUUGAACUUUACAACGUCAUGUGUGAUCUGCUUGGAUUAAAGCCUGCUCCCAAUAAUGGAACUCAUGGAAGCUUAAAUCACCUGCUGAGAGCCAGUGUUUAUAAACCCACCGUGCCAGAUGAAGUCGCUAAACCACUCUAUCCUGUAGCUCUUCCUUCUGCAUCCGAUUUUGAUAUAGGAUGUACAUGCGAUGACAAGAACAAGUUGGAUGAACUCAAUAAGCGCUUUCAUGUCAAAGGAACAGAAGAGAGGCAUCUUCUGUAUGGACGCCCUGCAGUACUGUAUCGCACAAAAUACAACAUCUUGCAUCACCAUGACUUUGAAAGUGGCUACAGCGAAACAUUCCUGAUGCCUCUCUGGACGUCCUACACUAUUUCCAAACAGGCCGAGGUAUCUGGUGUCCCCGAGCACCUAAGCAGCUGCGUGAGGGCAGACCUGCGCAUCUCUCCGGGAAACAGUCAGAGCUGUGCAGCCUACAGAGGCGACAAACAAAUCUCCUAUGGGUUCCUGUUCCCUCCUCAAUUAAGUUCCUCUGCAGAAGCAAAAUAUGAUGCCUUUCUAAUAACAAAUGUCAUUCCGAUGUAUCCUGCCUUCAAAAAAGUAUGGAAUUAUUUCCAAAGAGUUUUGGUGAAGAGAUACGCCACUGAACGAAAUGGAGUCAAUGUUAUAAGUGGACCAAUCUUUGACUAUGACUAUGAUGGUUUACAUGAUACACCUGACAAAAUAAAACAGUUUGUGGAAGGCAGUGCCAUCCCUGUUCCAACUCAUUACUACAGCAUCAUAACCAGCUGCUUAGACUUCACUCAGCCUGCUGACAAGUGCGAUGGACCACUCUCCGUUCUCUCCUACAUACUUCCCCACCGGCCUGACAACGAUGAGAGCUGCAACAGCUUGGAGGAUGAAUCAAAGUGGGUUGAAGAUCUGCUUAAGAUGCACACUGCACGGGUGCGCGACAUCGAACAGCUCACAAGCUUGGACUUCUUCCGAAAGACCAGUCGCAGCUACACAGAAAUCCUCUCCCUAAAGACAUACCUGCAUACGUUUGAAAGUGAAAUUUAGCUUUCUAACCUUACUCAGUGCAUCCUUUUAUCAACUGGUGUAUAUUUUUAUAUUGUUUUUAUAUUUAUUAAUUUGAAACCAGGACAUUAAAAAUAUUAGUAUUUUAAUCCUGUAUCAAAUCUUAAAUAUUAAAACCUUGUGUCAUUUGUUUUGUUUCUCUAAUGUUUAAUAUAGGUAUGUUUUUGGUUUAUUUAGUAGCGCUUGUAAUACUGCAGCUUGAGUCCGUAGUCCAAGCUUUUAAGUGGUGCUGCAGGAUUUGAUACAUGCAUCAAGGAAAUAGUAAUUUCCCAUGCUCCUUUACCACACUUGUAGUCCUGUACUGUGUAUCAAAAUACUGAACAUGUAAAAUUACAUUAAUUUACUGUUAACUAUGUGACAGACAUAUUUAAACCCUAUAGACAAAUAGAAUCUUAAAUAUAAUAAACCACACAUUCAGUUUU